GGUCGCUGCCGGGGCCGCUGCUGACAACAAGAUGGCGGCGGCGGCGGGGCCGGCGGGCGCUGAGAGUCGCGUGUUGGGCUACAGCCUGCACCGCUGGAGCAGCUUCUCCUCCACCUACCUGCCCGAGAAUAUCUUGGUGGAUAGGCCAAAUGAUCAAUCCUCAAGAUGGUCUUCAGAAAGCAAUUAUCCUCCCCAGUAUUUGAUUCUGAAGCUUGAAAGACCUGCCAUAGUCCAGAGCAUCACAUUUGGCAAAUAUGAGAAAACGCAUGUCUGCAAUUUAAAGAAGUUUAAAGUCUUUGGUGGGAUGAAUGAGGAGAAUAUGACAGAUCUCUUAUCCAGUGGCUUAAAGAAUGAUUAUAACAAAGAAACAUUCACCUUGAAGCAUAAAAUUGAUGAACAGAUGUUCCCCUGUCGAUUCAUUAAGAUAGUUCCACUCUUAUCCUGGGGACCUAGCUUCAAUUUUAGUAUCUGGUAUGUUGAACUAAAUGGCAUUGAUGAUCCAGAUGUGGUCCAGCCGUGCCUCAACUGGUACAGCAAGUACCGUGAACAGGAAGCCAUUCGCCUUUGCCUAAAGCAUUUUCGGCAGCACAACUACACCGAGGCUUUCGAGUCGCUGCAGAAGAAAACCAAGAUUGCUCUGGAGCACCCCAUGUUGACAGACCUGCACGACAAACUGGUGUUGAAGGGGGACUUCGAUGCUUGUGAAGAGCUGAUAGAAAAAGCUGUGAAUGAUGGCUUGUUCAAUCAGUAUAUCAGUCAGCAAGAGUACAAACCUCGCUGGGGGCAGAUUAUCCCCAAAAGCACCAAAGGUGAUGGGGAAGACAGUCGGCCAGGCAUGAGAGGUGGCCAUCAGAUGGUUAUAGAUGUGCAGACAGAAACUGUUUAUUUGUUUGGUGGCUGGGAUGGAACUCAGGAUCUGGCUGACUUCUGGGCGUACAGUGUGAAGGAAAACCAAUGGACCUGUAUAUCCAGGGAUACCGAGAAAGAGAGUGGUCCCAGUGCCAGGUCCUGUCACAAGAUGUGCAUUGACAUCCAGCGACGGCAGAUCUACACCCUGGGGCGGUACCUGGAUUCCUCCGUGAGGAACAGCAAGUCCCUGAAAAGUGAUUUCUACCGCUACGACAUCGACACCAACACCUGGAUGUUGCUGAGCGAGGACACCGCAGCAGAUGGAGGCCCCAAGCUGGUGUUUGAUCAUCAGAUGUGCAUGGAUUCUGAAAAACACAUGAUUUACACAUUUGGAGGCCGAAUUCUGACCUGCAAUGGCAGCGUGGACGACAGCAGAGCCAGUGAGCCCCAGUUCAGUGGCUUGUUUGCUUUUGACUGCCAGUGCCAGACGUGGAAACUUCUGAGGGAGGAUUCCUGCAACGCCGGACCCGAGGAUAUCCAGUCCCGGAUAGGACACUGCAUGUUGUUCCAUUCUAAAAAUCGCUGCUUAUAUGUAUUUGGUGGCCAGAGAUCAAAGACUUACUUGAACGACUUCUUCAGUUAUGAUGUGGACAGUGACCACGUGGACAUUAUCUCAGAUGGCACGAAGAAAGAUUCAGGGAUGGUUCCAAUGACAGGUUUCACUCAAAGGGCCACCAUUGAUCCUGAACUGAAUGAAAUCCAUGUCUUGUCAGGGCUCAGUAAAGACAAGGAGAAGCGGGAAGAGAACGUAAGGAAUUCCUUCUGGAUUUAUGACAUUGUGAGGAACAGCUGGUCUUGUGUCUAUAAGAACGACCAAGCAGCAAAAGAGAAUCCAGGUAAAAGCCUUCAGGAAGAGGAGCCCUGCCCAAGGUUUGCCCAUCAGCUGGUGUAUGAUGAGUUGCACAAGGUUCAUUACUUAUUUGGAGGGAAUCCUGGUAAAUCCUGCUCUCCAAAGAUGAGAUUAGAUGAUUUCUGGUCUCUGAAGCUCUGUCGACCUUCAAAGGAAUACCUGCUAAGACACUGCAAAUACCUCAUCAGAAAGCACAGGUUUGAAGAGAAAGCUCAGACUGACCCUCUUAGUGCACUGAAGUACCUGCAGAAUGAUUUAUAUGUAACUGUGGAUCACUCGGACCCUGAGGAGACAAAGGAGUUUCAGCUUCUUGCCUCAGCAUUAUUUAAGUCUGGCUCGGAUUUCACGACUCUUGGAUUUUCAGACGUUGACCACACGUAUGCCCAGAGAACUCAGCUGUUUGACACGUUAGUCAACUUCUUCCCAGACAACAUGACCCCUCCUAAAGGCAACCUGGUGGACCUCAUCACGCUGUAACGGAGCAAUCACUGGACACAUGGAAGAGGGGAAAGGCAUCCAUUUUCAGUAUUUUAAUUUUUUUACUGCAUUGAUUGACUGCUGGGAUGAAGUUAAUAUAGUAACCCCUAGGUGUUUGAAAGGGGUUUUAUACUUGUAUGGUGAAUCCCUGGAGCUUUUCCCUUGGAGUAGGUUAAUAAAAUGUAACUGACAUACUUCUGACUAAA